AUGAAUAGAGCCCCCGACGACUACACUCUGUUCAAACUGGGUGAAAACAACACAUCCAACGAGAGGCCUCGCGAAUUGGCAUCGCCCGUGCAAGCAGUAACCAGGAAUGAUGAUUUGCAAAAUUACUACUAUAUGCGUCACCCACAAACUUAUCCUAUUCCAAACACUGCACCACCAUCAGAUCGAAGAUUGGGAUCAAGUAAACAUUCUCGAUCACAUUCUCAUAAUGCUGAUCAAAAGCAACCCAAGCAUCGUUUAUUUCAUCCGGUUAAUCAUAACGCGUAUCAACAAUACCCUUCAUAUCCUAUGAAUGUGUCGUCACCUAAACCUUCAUCAGCUCCACCGCUAUCUCCCCAAUCCAGGCGUCAAAAUGCCAGCACGAGUAAGAAUCCCUGGCAUGCUGAACAUGUGAGUAGACCGAGUGACGCACAGCCAAAUUGGACAAAAUUAAUUCCGCCAUUGUCCGAUACUCCAAGGGAGCUGGCUCCAACAUUUGCGACUCAACAUACACAACUGACUCAACCGGUUUCAAAUGAUAUUCUUCCAAGUAACGGUCACCUCACUCCAGAAAAUCAACGGCAAAAGUCACGUAGCUCAUCCCACAGAUCAAAUCUCGAUCCAUCGCAAAGACACUCCAUUGCAAUUUCUCCAACACCCGAGAAACAAAGUGAAGAGGGGAGAAGACGAAAUGAUGACCCGUUAGCUGCACCUAAGCCACAACAGACUAUAUCAAGCAGACCAAAAACAAAGAAAAAGAGCCGAAAAGUAUGCCAGAAAUGUGGACUUGAGAUUACUGGCCAGUUUGUACGUGCUCUUCAAAGUGCUUAUCAUGUCGAGUGUUUUACAUGUCAUGAAUGUGGUAAACAAUGUUCAGCUAAAUUUUUCCCUUACGAUAUCAACCAAGAUGGCAAAACAACACAAGUUGCACUUUGUGAGUAUGAUUACUUUAAAAAGCUAGAUUUAAUUUGCUUUAGUUGUGAUAGUGCAUUGCGAGGGCCUUAUAUUACUGCAUUGGGCAACAAGUACCAUUUGGAACAUUUUAAAUGUUCAGUUUGCCAACACGUGUUUGAUUCGGACGAAAGUUAUUUUGAGCACGAAAAUGAUAUAUUUUGUCAUUUCCACUAUUCAAAGUUGUAUGCAUCGCAUUGUGAAGGAUGCCAGUCAUCUAUUUUAAAACAAUUUGUGGAAUUGUAUCGAGGUGGGAGGACCCAGCAUUGGCACCCAGAAUGCUUUAUGGUUCACAAGUUCUGGAAUGUCUGUAUAACUGCAGACUCUGUUGGAUUACAGAGAACGUAUGGUUUGGCAGACGAAAAAUUGGCAGACUUGAGGGCAAUUAAAAUGGCGGAUACAAGUCUUAACUCGGAAAGGUUAGUGGAUAUCGAGCAGCAUAUUGAACAGGUGGUGAUGAAUUGCUGGUUAAUGUUGUCUGGGUACGAACAGAGCACUGCAGCAUGUAUCUCUGACAUGCUUCUUAAUGCCUGCACAGGAAACAAAUAUAACGGGUUGGUAGUCACCGGGAAGUUGAUAUUGAAUGUUGAAAUUUUAUUCCAUGCGUUGGACUACGUGUUACUGGCAUGCAAGGUUGCGUCGGCCACACUAGUGGUUAAAUAUGAACAACCUGAGCAAGAAAACCUGGAUUCGUCAGUAUCUGAAAACGAAUAUUUCCAAUUUUUGAAAAAGGAACCAAGAAAUAUUACUGGAAAGAUUAUGAGCUAUCUAGCUAUAUUGCGAAAAUCAGCUAGCAUAUCCAAAUCGGGUACCUUGUCAGCAGAAUUGUUGUCAGUCAUCACUGGAUCUGCUCAUUAUUUGAAAUUAUUGAUACGAAUUGGAUUAUAUAAUGCGUUAAAAUUGAACAAGUUGAAUGGGACUACAGAAACAUUAGAUCACUUUUUACACUUGGUGUCGAGAUACGAGACGAUUGAAUCAAACAAGCUUGAAACUGUGGAGGGUUUAGAAGAGUUUAAAGCAAAGUUGACGGUCCCGCAAAGCUCCACCGAUGCUUGCACAUCUUGCUCUAAAAGUAUUGAGAAAUCGUGUGUCAAACUCGGCGAUCACAGGUGGCAUUGGAAAUGCUUUACGUGUGCCAAGUGCCAGCAACGCAUUGAUCAAGCUGAUGUACAGCAAACUCGUUUUGACAUUGCACGUCAGUGCAUAAUCUGUUCACAAUGCUAUGAUGGCAGUGGGGUGACGGGAUUCGAAAUCAUAUCUGAUUUGUCACAGUUGGUGUACCUUUUAAAAAUCGCCUUGUUGCGAUCAAGGUCUGUUAUGAAUAUCGAUUUCGUAAACCCCGCAAUAACGGCGUCGCCAGAGACGGAACUAUUGCAGACACCAGAUAGGCAAUAUGAACAAGAUGAUUAUAGCAAAACAUUGGACGAUGUAACGAGGCUAAGAAGUAAAAGACAAAAUCAGAAAUUGUCGCAAUCGGUGAAAAAGAAAGCGAGAAAGUCGGUAAUUAUAACAGCACCAGAGGGUGACCAAGCUCAUCAGGAUGAGGUUGACACAUCUAAAGUUGGAGAUGGCAGUCUUGCAACAAACAUGGGAGAUUUGGUACUUCAAACACAACCACCUCAAUUUGGAAGAAAGGCCAGUAGCGGAUCACAACUCUCCUUUGAAGGCAGAGAAGAAUUAUCUGUCAGGAAACAGUUACAGAUUAGAGAUGAACCCCAACGGCAAUUGACAGCCACGCAUCUUGAUCGUACAUCUGACUUGUUAAAGAAUGAAAAAUCAUUAACUUUGGAUGAUAUUCCUCGGAUUGUCGCUGCUGAACAAGCUCGUGACCAAAGACCCAAUGCAUUCAAACACCAGAACAAGCUAUAUCAAAGAACGGGGUCUCAUAAACUAAAGGGCAGUGGACACAGUCCCAUUCAAACGACGCCAAGUAGUGCGUUGGACCAUAUUUUGAAUACCACAACUCCGGCAAAUGACUCUCCAACCUUUGAGAAACAAAAGUUUUAUUCAGAAUUGACUAAACGUGAACAUUUCAUCAUGAGACAUAUUGCAGUUGAAAUGCUAUGUCAAAUGAAUCAUGAGAAAUAUAACAAGGAUGAGUUGUUGUCGAUGAUUCAGUUGAAGAAACCGCCGACAUUUUGGGACAAGUUGAGAUUUGGCAGUGGCGGUGCUUCAAAAGAUAAAAACAAUGCAGUGUUUGGAUCGGAAUUGAGUAUUUUGACCAAGAAGUAUGGUGUUGAUUCCGAUCUUGGUGUCGGGCCCUCUAAAUUGAGAAUUCCCAUCGUUGUUGAUGAUGUCAUAAGUGCCUUGAAACAAAAGGAUAUGUCAGUUGAGGGUAUUUUCAGAUUGAAUGGUAACAUCAAGAAGCUUCGAGAAUUGACAGAACAAAUCAACAAAAGCCCAUACAAAUCACCCGAUUUCAGUGCUCACACUGCCGUUCAAUUGGCAGCGUUGAUGAAGAAAUGGUUACGUGAGUUGCCCACGCCAUUAUUAACUUUCAGUUGCUAUGAUUUAUGGAUUUCAUCUCAAACGGGACAAACACCGGAACAGAAGAAGAAAAUUUUACAGCUAACCUACUGUUUAUUACCGCGUGAUCAUCGAAAUCUUCUUGAAGUAUUGCUAUAUUUUUUCAGCUGGGUGGCUUCAUUUUCUGAGGUUGACAAAGAUACUGGGUCCAAAAUGGAUGCUCAUAAUCUAGCCACGGUUUUAGCACCAAAUAUUCUAAUAUCAAAACAGACACAGGGACAAAAUGAGCAAACUGGCGAUGCCUAUUUUUUGGCUAUUGAAGUUGUAAAUCAAUUGAUUGAACAACAUGAAGAGUUGAGUAUUAUACCACUGGAAUUGAUGAAGAUAUUCAAUGCAUGUGGAUUUGAUGGAGUGGAGAAAGAUCUAUCUUCCAAAGAUAUCUUGAACCAAAUUGAAAGAGUGUUGAAAGAAGAUGCAAAGUGA